AUGAGGUGUCGCAAACGCAUUCAAAGACAUCCAAAAAAAACAGUUAUUGAACAACCAAAAGUGAAGCUGAGGGUUAAUGUCAAAACUGUGGAGUUUGAUAAUUGUGAAGUUAGUGUUGAUAGUAAGUCUGUUCAAGAGAUGUUAGGAUUACCAUCUGGUGGCUCAUUACUUUCAAACAUGGAUUACAUUUCGGAGAAUAAUGAAAAGAGUUGUAUGUUUGAGUGGAAGAAACAAUUUGAAAGUAUUGAUAAAUUGAGAUUGAAACAGCUAAAGAAUGAACUUGUUCAAACUAGUGCUGCUGAUGACAACUUCAGAAUCAUUUUUUGGUUCUUUUUAUUAAUACUUUCUGUGAGUCUACAAGCAUGGCUAAAUGUAAUCUGA